GCCCCUUCUGUCGCCUAGCAACUACCUGCUCUUGCGACGCUUUAGUGUUUACACCGUUACCAGAGCGACUGUCGGACCCCCUGAGCGCAGCCAGACAUGAAUGAAUAAUUUAGUGAAUGUCUAAGGUAUUAUAAUGCCUAAUCAAGAUGAAAAAGGGAAGAAAUCUGAAAAGAAGAACCAGGGAAACAGUGCAAGGCAAUGCUCAGAUAUUAAACGGCUUUGGUCUCUGUUAAAUGUUCAGGCAAGCAAACAACAGCUUCCAGCUUUAAAAGUUGCCAGUCUUCCCAGACCUCAGCAAAAGUCUAGCAAGGCAAAUGGAUGCAAAAGUCAAAAUCUAAGUCAAGAAUCAUCUGAAGCAGUUGAGCUUGAAACAUUCAGUGUCAAUUACAAGAAUGAAAGGAAUUUCAGCCAAUACCCUGAGCAUCCUCUGUUUCUUGACAUAUUUACAGCACUCAUAAAGAACAGGCUAGCUUGCAGAGAGUGGGUUGAAAGGGCACAAGCUAUUCACCUCCUGAGAGUGUUAAUCUGCCUGAGGUUACUUAUGCGUGAUCCAUUUUAUCAGGAGGUGCUGCAUCAGAUCAAUGGUGUUGAAGUCCUUGCACAGUAUAUGGAAACAACAUCUGAUACAUACCUUUUGUAUGGAGAAGAACAUUUAAAUGUCGACAAAUUGGUUAAUAUGACUUAUAUUUUUCAAAAACUGGCAGCUGUUAAAGGUCAAAGAGAUUGGGUGAUAUCCAGUGGUGCUCAUAAGACUCUUGUAAAGCUGUUGGCUGCCAGUGACAGCAAUGUGUUGUUGGGAGCUCUGCUUGCUCUUACAAGUUUAGCUGAAAGUCCAGAAUGCAGGCAGAAGAUUAGUGAGCUUAGCAUUGUCGAAAGUCUUAUGAUGAUACUGCGUGAAUUUGAUCUUCUCUCCAAAAGGCUUGCAGCAGAUCUCUUACGCCUUCUUUGUUCAGAGACAGAAGUAAAAGAACAAGUGAAAAUUUUUGAUGGUGUCCCUACCUUACUUAGUCUGCUUCACUCUGACCAUCUUAAGUUGCUUUGGAGUGUGGUCUGGAUACUUGUCCAGAUUUGUGAGGAUCCUGAAAUAAGUGUUGAAAUCAGAACAUGGGGUGGAAUCAAGCAGCUUUUGCAUAUUUUAAAGGGAGAACAGUAUCUAAUCUCUGAUCGUUCCUCUGUUGGGAGUCUAUCAAGUGCAAAUGCAUCUGGACGUAUUCGACAUCUAUAUUUACAUGAAGAUUUGAGUCCAAGUGAAAUACAGGAAAAUAAACUUUCACUCCAGGCAGCCUGCUGUGCAGCGCUCACAGAACUUGUGCUUAAUGACACUAAUGCUCAUCAAAUAGUACAGGAAAACGGUGUUUACAUAAUUGGAAGGUUGAUUUUACCGAAUAAACAACAUGAAUCAAUUCGAAAUAAGGCUUCUAUAUUGCAGUGUUACGCUUUCCGAGCUUUAAGGUUUUUGUUUAGCAUGGAAAGAAACAGGGAUCUUUUUAAAAGAUUUUUUCCACCAAAUCUCUUUGAGGUGUUUAUUGACAUUGGGCAUUAUAUUCGGGAUAUUAAGGCAUAUGAGGAUCUUGUACUUAAAUUAAACUCUGUAAUGGAAGCAGAACUUAAGCAAAUUGCUGAUAGUAUUGAAAGCAUCAAUCAGAACAAAACGCCUACAAAAUUUAUAGGAAACUAUGCAAUUUUAGACCAUCUGGGAAGUGGAGCUUUUGGAAGUGUUUGUAAGGUCAAAAAACGUAGCGGACAAAAUCUAUUUGCAAUGAAAGAGAUCAAUUUGCACAAUCCUGCCUUUGGAAAAGACAAGAAGGAUCGUGAUAACAGUGCAGAGAGCAUUGUGUCUGAGCUCACCAUAAUCAGGGAACAGCUUUGUCAUCCAAAUAUUGUUCGGUAUUAUAAGACAUUUUUAGAAAGUGACAAAUUAUAUAUUUUGAUGGAGCUCAUUGAAGGAGCUCCUCUUGGAGAGCACUUUAAGUCACUUAAAGAGAAGAAGCAAAUAUUUUCUGAAGAGCGGAUCUGGAAUAUAUUUAUACAGUUGUGUUUAGCACUCCGGUAUUUACACAAGGAGAAAAGAAUUGUCCACAGAGACUUGACACCAAACAAUAUAAUGCUGGGAGAAAGAGAUAAAGUUACAGUCACUGACUUUGGUCUUGCUAAACAGAAGCAAGAAAAUAGCAAACUUACAUCGGUUGUGGGAACCAUUUUAUAUUCUUGCCCUGAAGUUGUUAAAAGUGAACCAUAUGGGGAAAAAGCUGACGUAUGGGCUGCUGGAUGUAUUCUUUAUGAGAUGGCAGCACUCAUUCCACCCUUUCACAGUACAAACAUGCUGUCUUUAGCUAGCAAAAUAGUAGAAGCUGUAUAUGAACCAGUCCCUGAAGGAAUCUACUCAGAGAAAGUUAAACAUGUCAUUACAAGGUGUUUGACAUCAGAUGCAGAGCUUCGUCCUGAUAUAGUGGAAGUAUGUAGUCUCAUAUCGGAUGUUAUGAUGAAAUAUGUGGAUGGAUUAUCUUCUUGCCAACUGACCAUGGAGAGAAAACUGGAGCGAGAGAGAAAGCGUGCCCAAAAAUAUUUAAUGGAGACAAAUAAAAAUGCUGCCACAUGUCGCCAUCAGUUACUCAUGCUUCCUCAUGAUAACCUUGAUGAAUCAAGCAUCAGCAGCAGUAGCAGCAGCAGCGGAGUAGCAAGCUACAAGAGUGAUUUUUCAGAGAGCAGCAUUAUGACCCCAGGCUUUAUACAAGCUGACAAUCAAGACAUCUUCAUUGCACUAGAUGAUGAAUUGGAUCCAUCUGAUAACUUUAGUUGUGCAAGCUCCAGUUAUUUUAAAGAAUGCACCACUGGGUUGUUGAAACGAAGUAUCAGUGCUUCUGCUGGAGAAAGACACGAGACCAGAGACCGUAGUGGAAGCGCCAGUUCUAAGUCAAGACCAGCAUCUGCCGGUAUUGCUGUAUCUCAGAGAAAAGUCCGUCAGAUAAGUGAUCCCAUUCAACAGAUUUUAAUCCAGUUACAUAAAAUCAUAUAUAUCACACAGCUGCCUCCAGCUUUGCAUGGAAAUUUGAAAAGGAGGAUUAUUGAACGAUACAAAAAAUCUCUUUUCAGUCUUCAAAGUAACCCAUGUAGUCUGAAAGCAGAAAUCAAAAAGGUUUUGCAGGGAUCACCUGAAAUAAUUGAGCCCAGUUUUUUUACUGCCGACUGCCAUGGACUGCUUCAGUCACUGGGGGAGAAAUCAGGUAAUCCUAAUUGCUUUGAUUUUGAGGGAGGAAUAACAUAUGAGCAAAUGCAGGUAAGGCACUCAUUUGAUUUUGCACAGUAUUUACAGUCAGUUUUCUAUUUGUAUUUAUUUCAUGCUCUCUUUUUAUGUCCAGACUAUAAUAGAGGAUGUCCUGGAAGACAGUGGCUAUUACAGUAUUAAUUCCAACAGAUACUAUUCUUAUCCAUGGGGAGUCAGAAAUCCAUCAACAGGAAAAAGAUAGCCUUUAUUCUUAUUGGUCUAGAGUUGUUAUUUUUAUUUUUUUAUUAAAACUGAAGGGAUUUAUUCGGUUGACUAAAGCUGCUUACCAUAUACACAAGAGGACAACCUUAGUUGUUAGGGCUGCUCUUGGAGACACUUUAAAGCAUUGGAAUAUUAUUGUACUAUUUGUCCGGUGCAUAUAACAUUUUGCAGAAGCAAUAUUAAGGAUUACUAGAUCAUAAUAUAUUCUAAACACAUGUAUAUACCUUUUCUGUUUCUGGAUAAUUGCCUGUUUUUUGUAUAGGAGUGUAUAUAAAGCGCAUAAAGUUGCACAACUGUUUGCUGUAUGGGAGAAAAUGCAAUCUGUACAGUAAGGUUUUAUGGGGUUGCAAAUAAAACUCGCUGCACUUUUUUAACUGCAUGACUUUUAACUCAAUAUAAAGAAUUGGAUGAUAAAGAAGAAUGUUAAUAAAAUAUAUUAAUAGUGA